AGAUCAAUCCAUCAAUGACAUAUAUCAACUUUUGUUGACAACCACUGUUUAAAAAAAAAAGUAAUCAUAUCAUCAAUAGACACGUGUAUAAUUGGUAUUUCAUUCAUAAACAUUUAAAUUUGAUUCAUAUUAAACUCAUCUGAAAUAUCUCUCCACGAAUUCUUACCUUGCAAUGUGAUAUUUUUGUGGUUUAUCACAAUAACUUCGCUUUUCUUGUAGUAUAUGAUACGAAUCCGAUCGUUGAUUUUAAAGCCUAAUAAAUUCAUUCGAUGUUUUUCUUCUAAUAUGAUGGAAAACAUCGUAACCAAAAUUGAGAAAUCUAUCGAAAAUGGAGCUGAGUUGAGUGCUCAACACGUACCUGCAGUGAAAAACUCUGGUAAUCGUCUUUUUUAUUCCUUACCUGAGGAUUACACCACCGUUGAACAACCAGAAUCCCUAGGAGUUGAAGAGAGAUCUCUGCUUCUUAAAGAAAUUUACUCCAAUAUUUCGAGUCGAACUGCGCAAUUUGAUGGACCAUUUGGUUGGAGAUCUGUUAUAUAUUGUGAUUAUGCAGCAUCUGGUCAGCCUGUAAAGUUUAUUGAAGAAUACAUUAGUAAUCAUGUUCUUCCGUUUUAUGGUAAUACACACACAACAAUAACUGCAACAUCUCUACAAAGUACAUAUUUCAGACAUGAAGCUAAGGAUAUUAUUCGAAAAUCUGUAAAUGCUAGUGAACAUGAUGCUGUUAUUUUGACUGGAAAUGGUUGCACAAGUGCUGUCAACAAGUUGAUUCAUGCCUUAAGUAUUAACAUUCCAACAGUGGUGUUUGUUGGGCCUUAUGAACAUAAUUCAAAUGUAUUGCCUUGGAGAGAAAUUAAUGCUAAAAUUGUGAGAAUUAAAGAGACAGCCACUGGCUUAGUUGAUCUUGAGCAUUUAGAAUCUGAAUUGAAGAAACAUACUAAUCAAGGUUAUCAACUAAUAGGAACUUUUACGGCUGCUUCUAAUGUUACCGGAAUUGUUGUAGAUGAUAAAGAAAUAGCUAUUUUACUUCAUAGAUAUGGUGCCUUAUCAUUUUGGGACUAUGCAGCUGCUGGACCUUAUGUUGAUAUAAACAUGAAUCCAAUUGUUUUCGGACAAAAUGAGGGUCUUGCUUACAAGGAUGCCAUUUUUAUAUCUCCUCAUAAAUUUGUUGGUGGUCCAGAUACUCCGGGUAUUUUAGUUGCAAAGAAAAAUCUUUUUUCAAAUUCAGUUCCAUGUGAACCUGGAGGUGGAACAAUAUUUUUUGUUACACGAAAUGGUCACCGCUAUUUAAAAGAUAUUGAAAUGAGAGAAGAAGGUGGAACUCCUUCUAUCAUUGGUGCAAUUCGAGCAGGCAUGGCAUUUCAACUGAAAGAUGCUGUUGGAAUAGAUAUCAUAUCAAAGAGAGACAAAGAAAUUUGCAAUAUGGUUCUAAAAAAGUGGGAGAAUGUCCCUGAGCUUCAAAUUCUUGGAUAUACCCAUGUUCAAAGAUUACCCAUAUUUUCUUUUGUUAUUUACCAUGAAAAGUCUGGCAUGUAUUUGCAUCAUAAUUAUGUUUGUGCCUUGUUGAAUGAUAUGUUUGGAAUACAAACAAGAAGUGGAUGUGCCUGUGCUGGCGCAUAUGCUUUAGACCUACUUGGAAUUAAUGAGAAUUUAGCUACAAAUUUUGAUACUCUCCUUGCUGAAAACAUAUCAUUGGAUCGAACCCAUUUAAGACGUAAAGGUGAAUAUUCUGAACGGGAGAUUUUGCGCCCUGGUUUCAUACGAUUAACAUUUCCAUUUUUCAUGCCUGAUUCUGACAUAAAUUUUAUUCUGGAUGCUGUUGCAAUGGUUGCAAAGAAUGGUUGGAAACUUUUACCUCAAUAUAAUUUUAAUCCUGAAACAGCUGAAUGGAAGCAUAAGAAAUACCAGGUGUUUCUUAGUAGAAAGUGGCUAGGAUCUAUAUCUUAUAAGGCUGGGCACUUCAAUGUGAAAAAUGAAACUUUUGAAAAUAUGAAGAUUCCUAGUCAUUCAGAACUAUUAGCUGAUGCAUCCACUGUAUUUGAAAAUGCUGUUGGGGAAGCCUCUAGAAAGUUCACACCUGACCAGCAGUUAAUGUUUGAUUCUGAGUCCUCAAGUUUGAAAUGGUUUUUGUUGCCCAGUGAAGCAAAACAGUAUAUGAUUGGAGAAAUUAUGAAACAUAUUAAAAAACCUGUGUUUGUUGUGAGAAACACUGCAAAAGUUCUUCAAAAAGAAACUUUAGAUGUUAAUAAAAUAAACAAUAACUGUGAUCAUUUAAAUGAACAGGAUGAAAAUUGUAACUUCAAUAGUUGCUUAAGAACUGAAGAAAGAAGUUGUAUUUCACAAAGUGAAUUAGAACAUAAUAACAAUAGUUGUAGCUUAUCAUGUUUUAUAGCAAAGUCUUCAAAUUUAAAUCAAAAUAAUAUUUUAAAUUCUAGAAAAUGUAAAUGGUAUUCUCCACCCACUGCAAUUUUCAAACCCUUUUUAAAAGCUGUUGGCAUAUUUGACAUGAUCAAAGAUGGCGAUAAAGUUUUAGUGUGCGUAUCUGGUGGUAAAGACUCAUUAUCUCUACUGCAUACUCUUCAUCAGUAUCAGUAUUAUUCUCGUAAAAAGGGUGUACAGUUUGAAAUAGGUGCCAUGACUGUGGAUCCCAAGAGUCCAUUAUAUGACCCUAGUCCUCUUAUACCAUAUAUGAAAGCUCUUAAUAUACCUUACUUUUAUGAAGAACAAGAUAUAAUAAGCCAAGCUGCAAGCCUUGAUAAAUGUACUUCCAUAUGCAGCUUUUGUAGCAGAUUAAAAAGAGGCAGAAUUUAUGCAUGUGCUCAUAAAAAUGGUUAUAAUGCUAUUGCCCUUGGUCAACACUUAGAUGACUUAUCUGAAAGCUUCUUAAUGUCAGUUUUCCAUAAUGGUCGUUUGAGAACUAUGAAAGCUCAUUAUACAGAUAAAUCCUCAUCUUUAAGAAUUAUUAGACCACUUGUUUUUGUCCGAGAAAAGGAUCUUCGAAGAUUUGCAGAACAGAAAAAAUUGCCUGUGAUACCAGAAAAUUGUCCAGCCUGCUUUGAAGCUCCAAAAGAGCGUCAUCGAGUGAAACAACUUUUAGCAACUCAAGAAGUGCAGUUUCCGAAUUUGUAUCGCAGCUUAAAGACUGCCAUGUAUCCAUUAAUGGCCAUUAAUGUUACUGGAGUUGAAGACAAGUUACUAGGCAAAGAAUCUUUGUUAAAAUUUGAAAAUACUUUUUCUGAUGAAGUUGAUGAUUAAAUCAUUUGUUUUACCUUCA